AUGAACACCACGCUAGUCAAAGGUCUCCACAAGCUCUCCAUCAACGGAAGCGCCACGCCUCCCUCCGACUCCGACCCGUUGUCGUCCUCGCCCGCUGCCAAACACAACCCCUCCGAUAACGACUACAUCAAGUACCUCGACUACCCUGCAUUGGAGGCCAACUACAACAUCCACAAGUAUGUGCCCUCGUACAUCCACAACGGAGGCAUUGCCACCCCCAUCAUACGAGACUUGAUCGUGGACAAGCCCAUCUAUGCUGCUGCCAACAGCCAUGUCAAGAAGAAGAAGAAGAAAAAGGGCACCAGUGAUGGCAAGACCAAAAAGGCCGAGCGCCACGAAGCACACGAGGCGAAAAAGGCCGAGCGCCACGAGGCACACGAGGCCAAGAAGCACUACCUCGAGGAGAAGAAGGCCCUCCGCCAGGAACACAAGGCGGAACGGAGAGAACUCAAAAACAACAGGUACCGUGGGCUUGGUGAUAUUGACAUAUCUGAGCCGGAAGAGCCCUACGAACGCGAUACCUUCAACUUCAACUCAGACCUCGACGGCUUCAGCUUCAACAAGAGCUAUGGCGGCGACGCCGUGGUCUUCAACAAUCCGUACGAGCCCAACUACAACAACUACACCACUCGGAUGGAUAGACGGGCCAGUUCCGUCACCUUGACCAACAGCAUUCCCUCCGCAGGGCCUCUCUACCACAAAAAGAGAAACAAUAGCAUAGUAUCCAAGUUACGCCAUCUAGUGAAGGGCUCCUCCGACGAGGACUCCACCCCAGCCAGGGUCAGGUCCAACCGUGCUGAUGACAGCAUGACUACUCCACCAUCAGAGGAGGACCCUCCGGUCUACUCGAAACAGGAUACGAAUUACUUCGACAACCCUUUGGACAGGUCCAACAGUUUUGACCAGACCAAAAGUACAAUGACAAGCUCCCGUAAGAAAAACGACGGAAUCAAGCACAAGUUUAUGAGACUCACCUUUGGUGGUGAAUCAAAGAAGCAUCGGGCAAUAGGUAUGUAUAUGGAUUUUUUUGCGACUUUUUUUAGAACGAAGUGGGGAAGUAAUAAGGUUUAUGCACUCCGCGAGACAUCAAAUGCUAAAGUCAGCACAGGAAGAUUGAUGGAAAGUGGUGGUGACGACGCGAAUAGGAAUUGGGUUGGAUUCAACCUAGUCAAGCAUAUGGGUUUGGUGCCUUUUGAGUUUCAGGGGAUCUGCAGGUUGAAGCAGUAG